CCUCGAUUCGCGCGUCGGCCGGGGCGCGCCGCGAUCUGAUUCCAGGGCCGCAGCCUCUCCUUCAACGAGCGCUCGCCCGACAUGGCGCGCGAGAACUUCCUGAGGGGCGCCGCCAUGCCGGAGGACAGGCAGGCCAAGCAGGCGCGGCAGACAGGGGGGGCGGGGGCCAGGCGAGAAGCGCGACGAGCUGAUUCUGCCCGCCCCGCUCGCGGUGGAGCCGCGGGCGCACGCGGCCAAUCUCUUCCGCGCGUCCCUCGCGCCGAGUCCGACCAGGGAGACGCACUACGACGCGAUGAAGGAGGCAGUGGGGAACUACGAGAAGAGCGUCCGCGGCCAGAAGGGGCACGGGCAGGACACCCCAGCACACCAUGCGACGGUGGCGGCCCCCCUCACGAAGAAGGACUCGCUGGGCGCCGCCAGCCAGCAGCGCGAGCUGAUCGAGAGAGUUCUGACGGAGUUCGACGCCUUAAGAAGCUGGGCAGGCACAUCCUGGAGUUCCGCGGAUACGAGACGAAGGGGCGCGGGCAUCGCUUCCGCGUCAACGUGAACCCGACGGCGCCCGAGGACUUCCGCAAGGCGUUCGACCUGAUCUUCAAGGACUGGGCUACCAAAGAGGAGGAGGUGAUGGGCCCGGCUCCACCGAGCAAGCGGGGGGGGCAGAUGCAGGCCCGCAUCCGCCGCCUGAAGUGAGUGCCAAGCGCGCUGAGGCGAGCAGAUAAAACUGAGUCCGUCGCAGCGGCCGUUUUUGCCGCAACGGCGCCAGCGGCGCCGCGCCGUUGAUUCUAGAGGCCAAUUGUUUGUCGCAGCGGCGCCGCUGCCGUCGACGCCUGCCCGCGGGAACUUUGCGCGCGUCGCGUUUUCCCGUUCAAAAGCGCUUGUCGCAACGGCGCCGGUGCUUCUUGACUUCUAUCUCGAGUCGCUGCUACCGACGAACAUGCAAUGCUGUUUCCUCCUCGCUGCGCCGUUCGGGGCGCGGCGCGUCGGCGCCCCGCCCCGCGCUAGGGCGGGGGCGGAUUCACCUUUGAGGCGGCCUCGGCACAGCGGGGGGGCUUUGUCCGGCCCCCCAUUCCGAGCGCGGGGCAGGCUAGCAUCUGGCAGCGAUGAAACUGGCCGCGUCGGCCAGGAUCGAACUUUCCAGCUUGGCGACUGCAUUGCAAGUUGCGCCUUUACAUGUCCAUGUUUCGCCUGAGUUCGGUCCUGUUUGGAAAUCGUAGCGGCGCAGAUGCGGCGAUCCAUUUGCUCCAAUACCUGACAGACGCGUACGUUGGUCCGCGCGAUGACUGUCUGCCAAGUUACCAUUUGGAUCAUUUUGCUGCACUGUUGGAUGAUAUUUUCACUUGUGAUCCAACAGACAUCCUAUUCAUCGUGUAACUGGC